AUUCAAUUUUUUCUCUUCAUUCACCCAAAAAAAAAAAAUAAUUGAUAAAAUUUUUAUUCCAAACAUUUGCACGAAGUUUGGUACAUGAUGAAAGGGGUUGCGUUUCAUUUACACGAUCAAUGUAAAUGCAACGGAUUCACGCUUUGACAGUUGGCUCAAUGUCAGCCAUCAUUUUUUUUUUCUUUUCGUUCUCUCGCUCUUCAAAAAAUAAUUUUCUCUCUCUGUAUUACAGUGGCUUUCGUGUUCAGCUCGGCUGUGAAGCCAAUCAAAACAGCACUCACACACUCAGCCAACGUUGUGACAGAAGAACGAACUGAUAAAACCGAAAAAAAUCUUUAGCGUACGCAUUUUACCAAUACGAUGCAAUUGAUGGACAUAAACAGUGGCUGUUGCUGUUGGGGCAACAAUUCAACUGCUGUGGAGAAAAGUGAAUCGUUCCAUCCGAGGCAGAAGCAUAUACCAAGAGACGGAGACCGAGAAACGGAGGAAGAGAGACAGAGACAGAGGCAGAGACAGAGAAAAUACUGAACGCUGUACACACAGUGACAUAGUCAAUUAGUGAUUUAAGUACAUUUAAGGGAAACUAAAUUCCAAAGACAACCAGUGAAUCGAGGCAAGAAAACGAAGAAAAAUCCACAAUGGAAAAGAGAAAAUUGUCAACAUCUGGAGAUACAUUGUACGAAAUAUUAGGUCUUUCUAAAACAGCCACACCCGAUGAAAUUAAGAAAACGUACCGAAAACUAGCACUUAAAUACCAUCCAGAUAAGAACCCAGACAAUCCAGAUGCUGCAGACAAGUUCAAGGAAGUGAAUCGGGCAAAUUCAAUAUUAAGCGAUUUAACGAAACGAAAUAUUUACGAUAACUAUGGAUCGCUUGGACUCUACAUUGCGGAGCAAUUCGGCGAAGAGAAUGUAAACGCAUACUUUGUGGUUACUUCACCAGCCUGCAAGGCAUGCUUCAUCAUUUGCGGUAUCAUAACAGGCUGUUACUGUUGUUGUUGCUGCUGCUGUUGUUGUAAUUUCUGCUUCGGCAAAUACAAACCGGCACCACAUGAUCAUGAUUCCAAGGAUUACCAACAUUUACACGAGGACUUCAAUGAUAUGGAUGGCGGUCCGGUAACCUCACAACCGGCACCUGGCCAAGGAACCAGCAAUUUCAACAUGCCAAUCGCAAUGCCAGCUCCAAAUCCAAAUCCAACCAAUCCAUUUGCUAACAUUGCCACAGAGCAAACAUCGCUCAAUACAUCCGAACAGAACACAUACACACCAGGUAAUUAAUCGGCAUCACUCAUUUCCAUUGACAUUUUCAUAUUUCUAUUGGAUCGGUGGUUUUUGCACUCAACUGAACUAAGGUCGCCGGUAUCGGUGGGGUGCGGUAUUUCAUUCCAACCAUCCGAGUUUUCCACAGUGAAUUUUGGACGCGAUCAAUCAACCAAAAAUGCCGAAAUAUUUUAAAUUUGUUUUUCUAUUUAUUCCAUUUUCUCAUUCAUUUUUCUCUCUCGGUACAUCUCUCUUUAUUCACUGUGCAUGUUUGUGUGUUUCUUCAAUAAACACAAUAACAAUAGCCUAUUAAGCCAAGCAAGAAUUGACACAUAUACAUACAAACACAUACUUAUGAGCACCAUACCAACAUUGCCAUUGCUCAUCCAUCAUAUUCCUUUGCCGAUGUAACAAUCGACCAAAGUGAAUUGAUUUCCAUGUGGUAUGUUUAUAGGAUUGGAAUUUUAUGACCAGGUGGGUACAUUUGAUCAAGAAUGAUAUCCAGCUAAAACACACAUUCCCUUCGUUUUCUUUUGUUCAACAAACUUUCGUUGUUUUUAGUUAGUAUUCUUUACAUCAUCACUUUUUUGAACAAUUUUUUUUAAAUGAGAUUAGAGGCUUAUUUCAUGUAAAUUAUUGCGUUUUUUUGGUUAGUCUCAGUUUUGAGAUACAUUUAUAUUUGAUUUUUCUUCUAAUUUUAUUCAAAUUUUUGUUUUUUUUUCUUUAUUUUUUUCUUCAAAUUCAUUUACAAUUCAAUUUCAACUCCAUUUGUCUAGUUUUUGUAGCUGAUAUUUUUUUUUCAACGUAAGUUUUUAAAAUUAUUUCAGAUGAAUUUGUCUCAAAUAGCUUCUGACAUUUAUUUCGAAGAAUUAGAUGAAUUCUAAUUUAGAAAUCAUCUUCAUUGAUAAUCGAAUUUCCUCUUCUUUUCUCUCUCGUUCGAUAUAUAGAAAUAUUAUUGUGUAUCCUUGAUGAUUGACUAGAUUUGUUUAAGUUUGCUUUUUCAUGUGUUUAUACAAAUGGAUACUUCAUUUGAUGGUUUCAUUUGAUCAAAGCCGAUAUUUCCACGUGUAUUUACACGGACAUGACCUAUGUCAGAUUUGUCCAUGUAAAUGCGAGUUUCGUUUUUAUUCACAUUUUUCAUGAUGUUGAUUUCAAUUCAUAUUGAUAAUGCAUGCAUAUUCAAUUUUUUUGUUGUAAAUUCUGUUGAUUUUCCAUUCAAUUGCUUGAUAUGAAAAUAUUAGGCUAUCUCUCUGUCUCGUAUUUUUCUUCUCAUAAUCACAAUCCAACAUAUGAUCGGAAUUGUUUUUGUAUCGUUUUCAACAGGUUUAACAUCAUCUUCUCCACGGCGUUGAUAAACCCAGCAUAGAGGACACAGAAUUAUUUUUUUUUUGCCAUUAUUAUAUUCAUAAUAAUUGAAUUGAAUUUUCUUCGUGUGUACACAAUUUAAAGAAGCUAAACAAAACAACAACAACAACAUCAAAAAAAACCUAAUAACUUACUGAUAUACGUCAUUGUUGUAGCUUAUUAUAUUUAAAAAAAGUCAUAUUUACCACCUAUUAAAAACACUGAAUAACCAAUAAUUUAAUGAGAAAAAAAAACAAAAAAAUUUAGCGUAGCAUUCAAAGUGAGUCGAGGAUGAUAAAGUGAAAAAAAGAAACCAAAAUAUUUUGAUUUUACCCUGUCAAUUUAGAGUCUCGUUUAUUAUGGUUUGCCGUUUCGUGUUCGUGCGUAUGCGACCGCUGUUGCUCGAAAGAAUGACGAUGAAAAAAAAAUGAAGAAUUUCCACAGAGUUUUCCAUCCUUGAUUGUGUAUAAUUUUAGUCCCAGAUUUAUGUGUAUGGAUUUAAGUGUUACAUUAUUUUUUUGUCUCUCUGUUUUUUAUAUAUGGUUCCUCAGUCUUGCACAUCCGAAAAAACAAUGCUCCAAGAUUCAGCAAAUUUACCAUUUUUUGUUUCUUAGCUAAAAAAAAUGAACUUUCAAAAAACGUUUAGAUGUUAAGCAGACAUUUGAAUGAUUCAACAGGCAAUUGUAUGUACACAAAUUCAAAUAAAAAAUCAAUUAUUAUCUAAACCACAAAA